CCAAUGAUUGUGGUGCUAAUGGCUCGGGCUUGCAACAUUCACCAUAAUAAUUCCAAGAAGUCCAGUCUGCUGACAUAAUUAAUGAAAAAGGGAAUCCCCAAAAGGAGAGCAGUGCAUGAAAGAGGCUGGAGACCUUUACAGUUUUUUGAAGGUAAGUUUUCUCCUACUUAGUAAGAGUAAUUCGUUUUGGAAAACUAUUUACACUGAACUAGCAUUUGAUUAAAUCACUAGUCCACAUUAAGACUUGCCUCCAAACAACUAUGAAGGUUUCCAGCUCUUAUUUUCUGCUGUGUAAAAGCCAUAUUUUCACAGCCUAUGAGCUACCCGUUCAUCCUGCUAUUGUUCAGGAUGUAGAACUCCCACUGACAGCAGUGCAGAAUUCUGUGUAGAGGUAGGUGUCAGAAUGCAGUGUUAUGUCAGCAGACUGCAAUAUGUUCUUUCAUUUUGUGAUUAAUCACUACAUUUUAAAGGACAUAGGCAGUGCAGGAAAGUUUUAAAUUCCCUUAACUGCGGUGAAAUUAUCUUCUGGCUCAGUUCUUUUUCUGUUCUCCUGUAAAAUAGUAUGAUUUUCUCUGUUGUCUGUGUACCAGAAGUACAUUAUUUAAAUAUCAGAAGUAGUUUCUUUCUUGUGUUGUGGGUUUUGGUUUUUUUGUGUUAUUGUUUUGUUUGUGGGGCAUUUUAAAUGUCCAUGUGGCCUUGUUACACCUAUGAGGCAGGGCUGACUGGGACAGCCAUUUCUGGGAUCCUGCAUGUAACCCAUGAUGAAAACAGAAAAAUACCAGAAGACAGUGGAAGCUGGAUACUAAGGGAGAUGGUCCUUUGUGUGAGCUAGGUUGGCUCUUUUAUGUGCCUUUUGCCAGUUUUGUUCUCUAGAUAGUUGCUUCUGUGUUCUUCCCUUACCUUCUUUUCACCUUGUUUAAAAAAAAGAAAAAUGGUGUGAACUACUGAGAGUUGAAUCAUCAGUGUGAAAUCUUCCCAAAAGCUGAGUUCCAGUAAGUGUUAGGUAUUUGGUGUUUACAGUCCUAAAGUGCUUGCAGUGGAAUUCUAGUUAAUUCCUCAGGCUUCUGAAGAACCUCUGGGGUUUUAAGGUAAUCAGAUAACAUAAAGGAUAAGAUCUAUGAGUUAUAUCUUUCAAAUGUAGAAUGCAGGUUUCUGUUCCUUCUGAUCUCUCCAGCUUGCUGCUUGGUAGAGUUAUCCAGCUGUAGAGAGGUUGUGAUGCCAUGAUUAUAGGUAGAGCAACAGGGAUAAGGAAAACUUAAACUCAUCUACAGAGCUACCUGUCAUUCUUUUCUCUGCUGUUUUCCAGAUGUCAGACAUGGAGCCAAGCGUCCUUGAUGCUGUGCUGUUUAUUGCAGUCUGGAUUUAGAGGGAUUACAGUCAAUAACACAGGAGUUUUGCAGUACUGUUAAUGCAGCAAUGUAGAAAUAGGCCUCAUGAGGAUGGACCCAUCCCUCUGCACUUACUGUACUAAUGUGAUCUUACUUUCUCUUGUCUUCCUAAUUCCAGGUUUGAAAGAAGGGGUGAGACCAGGAAAAAGCUGUGACAGCUGUUUUCAGAGAAACAUUUUUGUUUGGUUUUUAACCGAGAUUCUGUAGUGUAUUGCAGCAUACAGAAUUGAUUUAAUUAUUUGACAGUUCUUGUUUUUUGAUUUUAGGGAGGUGCAAGCAAGCCAGCGCUCCGUGGCCAUAAUUGCUGAGAUGAUCCAUACAGCCAGUCUAGUUCAUGAUGAUGUCAUUGAUGAUGCAAAUUCUCGCAGAGGAAAAAGGACACUUAAUCAAAUCUGGGGAGAGAGGAAAGCUGUUCUAGCUGGCGACUUCAUCCUCUCAGCUGCUUCUGUAGCUUUAGCACGAAUUGGAAAUACCACUAUCAUCUCUGUUCUGACUCAGGUGAUUGAAGAUCUGGUGCGUGGUGAAUUCCUCCAGCUGGGUUCCAAGGAAAACGAGAAUGAGAGAUUUGCUCACUACCUCGAGAAGACUUUUAAGAAGACGGCGAGUCUGAUAGCAAACAGUUGUAAAGCAGUUUCAAUUCUAGGCUGCCCUGAUCCCAAAGUUCAUGAGAUUGCAUACCAGUAUGGAAAAAACGUUGGCAUAGCUUUUCAGUUGAUAGAUGAUGUGCUGGAUUUUACAUCGUGUGCUGACCACCUGGGGAAACCAACAGCAGCAGAUCUCAAGCUUGGAUUAGCCACAGGCCCUGUCUUAUUUGCCUGUCGACAGUUUCCAGAAAUGAAUGCUAUGAUAAUGAGGAGAUUCAGUAAGCCAGGAGAUGUUGAGCGUGCAUGGAAGUAUGUGUUGCAGAGUGAUGGUGUGCAGCAAACCACCUACCUCGCCCAGCGCUACUGCCACGCGGCCACGCGCGAGAUCCGCAAGCUGCGCCCGUCCCCCGAGAGAGAGGCCCUGGUGCACCUGACAGAAAUGGUUCUCAUGCGGGACAAGUGAGACAGCUCCUUCCACUCCUUCUGGCAGCUACUUUACCAGACUGUGCCUACAUUUAUUUCAAAAGUUACUUGCUUCCAACACAAGCCACCAAAAAUUAUUUUUUUAAAAAAACCUUUUUUUUUUUGAAGGUUUACUUUACUUUCUUUUUUUUUAAACUAAAGUUUAAAGUGUUUUACUGAAGGAAGCCAUGCAAUUCAGAGCAAAUCAAACUGUGCUGUACAAUUGUUUUAGUGGGGGGUAUUGAUUGUGGGGGAUGGGGAAGAUGUUUACAUGUUGAUGCACAAAGGCCACAAUGAGAAUAAAUAUAAAUCAGUGUAUGAAAACUGAAGCUGUUCCAAAUUUCACUUGUUUACACUAAUAAAGAGAGCAUGCAUGUACAGGAGCUGGUAAACUCCUCUGAAGAGAGGGGGUUUGGAUAUUUCCCUGGCUACUUAACAGAAGCACCUGGAAUUGUAUGUAGAUAGAGAUACUGGUUUACUGUAAAAGACUACAAGUGGAUUUUGAUUAGUUAUUCAUCAGUGAGUUCAAUUCAUGGUAUUGGUGGCUACCUGCUAGCAGUGAACAUGAUGCAGAAUUAGAGAUUGUUACC